UUUGAGGCCGGAAACUCCUAAAGACCCAGGGAGACGUCUGGGUGGGCCUGCAGGAAAGCCAGCUUCAACGCCACCUCACACAUUUAUAUCUUCCUUCAGAGUAAACAGGACAAACCAAGAUGGAACUCCCCCUGUUUCUGGCUCUUCUCUGCGGGGCAGUUUCUGCUCUUCAUCUGAGGACUGAAACCUCCCACGUCGAGAACUUCUUGGGAGAUGAGACCCUGCUUCAAGAUAAGGUGAUGUCAGAACAGGAGGCCCCGGAGACCUCUCCUGGGGAGCUGAGGCUGCUGGAGGAAGAGGAGGAGGGGGGCUCUGGAAGUGAAGGUGCUCCUGAGGAAGAGGGGGCUGUCGAGCCGGUCUCUGCCCUGGAUGUGGUGGAGAAGGACCUGCAGUGCCCAAAGGAGGACGAUGUAGUCACAUUGGUGGGCAGCCCCGGAUGCAAGACCUGCCGCUACCUCCUGGUGAGGAGCCCUCGGAGCUUUACUCAUGCUCAGAAUACAUGCCGGACUUGCUACCGGGGCAACCUUGUCUCCAUCCACAGCUUCAACAUUAAUUUCCGAAUCCAAAGCACAGUCCGAGUGCUCAACCAGGCACAGAUCUGGAUCGGAGGCCUGAUCACAGGCUCGGGAAGUUGCCGGCGCUUUCAGUGGGUUGAUGGCAGCUCCUGGAAUUUUGCAUUCUGGGCCUCUGGCCAGCCCUGGUCCCGUGGUGGAGCAUGUGUGACCUUGUGCACCAAAGGGGGCCAUUGGCGACGGGCUGAGUGCAGCAGGACCCUCCCUUUCGUCUGUUCUUAUUGAGCCUGUCCCAGCCGAGGGGUCAGAGCUGCCUCCUCGCUCCUGCCUGCUGCCCCUCCCUCCACCUUCCUGAAAUAAAAUUGCUUUACUGAAACA